UUUCUUACUUUCCUAUAUAAGCCUUGCCAGACUCUUUCCAUUUUGCCUCGCAAGAAAAGGUAGCGUUCUAACAUACGAGUCUCUGUUUCGAGAAAUUAUUGGAGAUUUAAGGAGCUUCUCGUUGCUUAUUUUUAUCGCUCUUCACCGUUUCUUCUGAUCGGGUUUGAUUUGAGGUUCACAAAAGGAAGGUUUUCAAGAGGAAUUCAAGUUUUCAGAUUGGAUUAUAUUGUAUUUAUUGGAAAGACUGAAUGAACUAAUGGAGUCUAAAGGUGGCAAGAAGAAGUCUAGCAGUAGUAAAUCCUUAUUCUACGAAGCUCCUCUCGGUUACAGCAUUGAAGACGUGCGACCCCACGGUGGAAUCAAGAAAUUCAGAUCUGCUGCUUACUCCAACUGCGUGAGGAAGCCAUCCUGAGAUCGCCCAACUGUGAACAUAUAUCCCCGUCUUAGCUCUCAUACUUACAAUAUUGUUUUUUAUUCUGCAUUUCUUUUCUACUUACCUCGUUCUCUCAUACUCCUUCACAAGUGUUAUUUGUUCCUCUGAGGCAAGAUGGCCUUGCCUACCUCUGCUAUUGGAUUUGAAGGCUAUGAAAAGAGGCUUGAAGUGUCCUUUUCUGAGCCUGGCUUCUUUGCUGACCCCGGAGGGAUGGGCCUCCGUUCUCUGUCCAAAGCUCAAAUAGAUGAGAUUCUAAAGCCAGCUGAAUGCACCAUUGUUGAUUCUCUUUCAAAUGAUCAUGUUGACUCUUAUGUUCUUUCAGAAUCUAGUCUCUUUAUUUACCCAUACAAAGUUAUCAUCAAAACUUGUGGGACUACCAAAUUGCUUCUUUCAAUCCCAGCAAUUCUUAAAUUGGCUGGUACCCUCUCACUCACUGUACAUUCUGUGAGGUAUUCUCGCGGGAGCUUCAUAUUUCCUGGGGCUCAGUCUUUUCCGCAUCGUAGCUUCUCUGAGGAGGUGGCUGUCCUUGAUGGCCAUUUUGGCAAACUUGGUUUGGAGAGUGUGGCAUAUGUGAUGGGUAGUCCUGACAAAACCCAAAAAUGGCAUGUUUACUCUGCUUCUCUUGACACAGGGCGCCACUCUAGCUCUGUUCAAACUCUAGAAAUGUGCAUGACUGGCUUGGACAGAGACCGAGCAUCUGUGUUUUACAAGACACCUGCAAGUUCAGCUGCUGGGAUGACCGAGGAAUCUGGUAUCAGGAAAAUCCUUCCACAAUCUGAGAUAUGUGAUUUUGAUUUUGAGCCUUGUGGCUACUCUAUGAAUUCCAUCGAAGGGGGUGCAAUUUCUACAAUCCAUGUUACUCCGGAAGACGGAUUUAGCUAUGCAAGCUUUGAAGCUGUUGGUUACAAUCUUGAACAAGUGAAAUUAACUCUGCUGCUCGAAAGGGUGUUGGCUUGCUUUGAACCGGCCGAGUUCUCCAUUGCAUUGCAUUCUGACUUUGUGCAUGAUGAACUUGGACUUAUGUCGUCUCUGGAUGUGAAGGGAUAUUCCUGCGGAGGCAGUAACUAUGAAGUUCUUGGGAAGGGUGGAUCGAUCAUCUAUCAGAGUUUUGUGAAAACCAAAGGCUGUUCAUCUCCAAGGUCAAUCCUGAAAUGUUGCUGGAGUGAGGAUGAGAAGGACGAGGAAGUUGAAUAGUUAUUAUUUUUAUUAUAUGUUGUUUUCUUUUCUGCUUUUUAAAUUGAAUAAAGCGGUGUGAGAUGGGGUUAUAUAUUACGAGCAUUGUCAUUUGAAUGCUCCGAGUCAAAGUCUAUGUUUUUCCUUCUAUUAUUACUGUUUAAUUGGGUCUUAUUUUACAUUUGUAUUGGCUGUGGAAUCCUAAACAUAUAUACUAAAUAAGCAUUCCACAAUUUUAUUUUUUGCGA